CCCCCCGCCCCCCGGCUCCGCGCCCUGGGGACAGCUGGCAGCUCCGCGCGGGACCAGACACAAAGCGGAUCAAUCCCGGCGGCGCGGGGGUGAGGGGGCGACCCGCCAGGGCUUCCCUUCCGCUCCUCGCCUCCUCCUGCGCCUUCGUUAGGACCCAGGCAGCACCUCCUCCGACUUGCACGCGCCCCUCCCCGCAAAGGAAGGCCCAGGCCCCCCAUCCCGGGGGCUGCGAAGACCUGCCUUAGGCAGCCCGCUGAGAAAGCGCCCCAGGCCCGGGGAAACUGACGUCGCAUCGGGGGCCGCCCCUCCCCUCCCUGCGCUCCGCAAGUCUCUCCUCCUCUCCGGCUCCAGAAGUUCAAGGGGCCCCCGCCCGGCCUCCAGCCCUCCGGCCGCAGGGACCCUCCGUCUCCAAGGAGCAGCCAGCUCGGCCCCGGAGAAGAUGGCGAGGGGGAGCCGCCACCGCCUCCUCCUGCUGCUGCUGCGCUACCUGGUGGUCGCCUUGGGCUAUCAUAAGGCCUAUGGAUUCUCUGCCCCAAAAGACCAUAAAGUAGUCACAGCAAUAGAGUACCAAGAGGUGAUUUUAGCCUGUAAGUACCCAAAGAAGACCAUUGCCUUCAGAUUAGAGUGGAAGAAGCUGGGGCCGAGCGUCUCCUUUGUCUACUAUCAACAGGCUCUUCAAGGUGAUUUUAAAGAUCGAGCUGAGUUGAUAGAUUUCAGUAUACGGAUCAAAAAUGUUACAAGAAAUGAUGCCGGGAAAUAUCGUUGUGAAAUUAGCGCCCCGUCUGAGCAAGGCCAGAACCUGGAAGAGGAUACGGUCACUCUGGAAGUAUUAGUGGCUCCAGCAGUUCCAUCAUGCGAAGUACCCAAUUCUGCUCUGAGUGGAACUGUGGUAGAGCUGCGGUGUCAAGAAAAAGAAGGAAAUCCAGCUCCUGAAUAUACAUGGUUUAAGGACGGCGUCCGUUUGUUUGGGAAUUUAAAAUUUGGCUCUCAAAACACCAACAGCUCAUACACAAUGAAUACAAAAUCGGGAACUCUGAAAUUUAACACCGUUUCAAAACUGGACAGUGGAGAAUAUUCCUGCGAAGCCCGUAAUUCUGUUGGACAUCGCAGGUGUCCUGGGAAACGAAUGCAAGUAGAUGAUCUCAACAUAAGUGGCAUCAUAGCAGCUGUGGUAAUCGUGGCCUUAGUCAUCUCCAUUUGUGGCUUUGGUGUGUGCUAUGCUCAAAAGAAAGGCUACUUUUCAAAAGAAGCGUCCUUCCAGAAGAGUAGUUCUGCAUCUAAAGAUACUACGAGUGAAAAUGAUUUCAAGCACACAAAAUCCUUUAUAAUUUAAAAGAAUUCCACCUUUGAGAUACACCAAAACCAGUGGUUACACGAGUUAUUAAAAGAUUAUAAAACUCUGCUUUGUCUUACAUUUGCAAAGAGGUACACGUAAAGAUGAAGUUGGUAUUUCAUUAUACUUUUUAUGACCGCUCAAUCACUUGACGUUAUUUUAAACAAAUAGUUCUUUCAGCACCUAAAAUGCAGUCUGGCUUCCUGUGUCUGGGCUAAGUUAAAAGAAACAAAAUACUUUGUAAUACUCUGGGGUUUGUGAAAUGUUAAAUGUCCUAACUUCUGGAGAAAAGUAACUGCGGUAUGUCUUAUAUUGAUUGAUUAUAUUAAUCCACGUAGCAUGCAAAUAUAAAGUGCAUGCCCCCUCUGUGCAGAAGUCUGGUUUAGAACGCUCAGAAAAUACUGGCAGAUGCAAAAGGAGGCUCUGAUCUCAUUUCCACCCCAAUCCUCUUUUCUCCCCUAAUAUAAUCCUUCUUCUGCUGCUCAUUUAUCACUAAUGUAUCCACAGAAGGGACGUGGUGGGAGUGGGUCUUAAACCCAAGGAUUUUCACUUUGUCUACCUUCAUUUCUAAGAACCAAAAGCAACAUGGAGAAAAAUACCUAAUGACCAGAGCUCACUCACCUGGUGUGUGCCAUUGAUUUCUUCAUUAAACGUAAUUUUGAGAGUCAAACCCAAGUGUCUUAUUUCACCCCCAUAGCUGCCUGUUGCUAUUUCCUUCCCCUAAGACCUCUUUGAAGAGGAUCAGUGACCUUGACAUGAGUAUUUGCCACUGCAGCUUAUCCACAGAACCCUGCAGAGACCUCCCCUUCAGCAUGGUGACUUCACAUCUGUCUAGAAACCGUGCAGGGACACUCUAGGCUGGGCCAAGUCCCCUGCUCUUAGUUACCGUCAGUGGAUUGCCAAUCCUGUUUAUCACAAAGCCGGGAGUACAGAGGGGAGAAGUGAUUGUCUGACAAGUAAAACGAGUUGAGAGCUCACUGGGGCUCCCUGCACUUGGCGACCCUCUCACAACAUAGAGGGCACAGGAGAAACAGUGGCUGACAUGAAAAACGGGGUGGAGCAUCUGGUUUCUCAGCUGAUUCCAAGGCCUCCAGCUAGUGUUACAAAGUGAAAAUUCCAACAAUCCAUUUAAUAGUAAGAGCAGUCAGACCAUGUGAAAAGCAAAAUUAUUUAUAACUUGUUUUGAUUAUUCAUAUUAAAAACAAAAUAUGGCUAGGGCAUUUCCAUUUCUGGGCAAAUCUGAUGAAAAGGUCACUCGCUACCUUUGACAGCUUUGAACAUGGUUAAGCUGCUUUUAAAGGAGUCCAUUCUUUUUGCCCAACAGGCAAAGCAAAUCCUUGGGAUUCAGUGGACAAACAAAUGCAUUAGGCACUCACCCAGUACCUUGCAUGUGCCUGGUCACCGGGUCACUGGAAAGACACCUGUUGUCAGACUGUCCCCUCACGCUUGCCGGUCGCAUUCAAUACUUCUUACCAGUACCAUGCAAACCUUUUCUGUAAAGGCCCAGAUAGUAGGUAUUUUAAGCCAUACAGGCCACAUGGCCCGUUAUAACUAUUCAACUCUGCCGUUGUAGCACCAAAGCAGCCAUAGACAAUAAUAAAUGGUCAUGUUUGUGUUCCAAUAAAACUUUAUUUACAAAAAACAGGAAGCACAGACAGAAUCUGGCCCACAGGCAUAGUUUCCCAACUCCUGGUGGUGAAGCAUGAAAAAAUACCGAUCUAUAAGCUUUUGUAAGAAACUAGGCUAAAGGUUGCCCGUGCUUGGAUUUGCCUUGGUUUGAGGAACGCUUUCCUCCUCUUGCAUUGCUAAGUGCCAAGGGGAUGUGUGAGUCUCAAAGAUCUCUUCAGGCAUACCUACCAGCACACAAGAUCAACUUCAAUUUAAAUGUCAAAUCCAUUUUGUGAGGGAAGAAUAUGUAGGUACCUCAGCUUUCCUAACAGAUGGAAGCUUCUUCACCAUACAGGCUGGAGGAGUCACCGUAUGCAGUGUUAAAGUCUAACACUCCAUGUCAAAUAAUAGCAUACGUUAUCUUAACAUACUGUACACAGCUAAAUAAAAAUCACUGUGUGAAGAAUGCUUUCUCCCACACAAAGGCUACAGUAUUGAGCGCUCACUUUCCAGUUAUUAAGUUAUUAAAAGUACAUCUGCCUGUGUCUGGGCUUGUGUUUCCAAUUGCAUUUAUUUGAGGCCUUCAACAGCAACAAUUGGUCAAAUCCCAUUAUUAUUCUUAAAGCAUUUUAUUUUCCUACAGUGAAAUUCUAUUGUAUAAGGAUUGGGGCUCCAGAAUCUUUAGUAGCAAGUUUUGUUUUAAUUAUUAUUGUUGCUGUUAUAAUUAGGUUUAUUUUUAGUUGGGGGUUUAACCUAACUAAAUCUGGAACAAUUGGUUGUUUUUCAAUACAGCUUUGUAAAAAACUUCAUCUCCCACAUGGUUUUAUUAAAGUUCACAUUAAUAAAAAUAGCUGAACUUGUUAA